UAUUUUGAAUUAACGAUGAUCAGAUAUCGAGGCAAAAAGAAGGUUUUGGACAAGGUGAAGGAGUUGGAUGCUUUUUCUAAAGUUCCAGACGAAUACGUAGACAGUACGCCGGUCGGCGGAACGUUUUCAGUGAUAACAUUUUUCAUUAUUAUGUGGCUGGUUUACAGCGAAGUUUCGUACUUCCUAGAUAGCAAUUUAGUGUUUAAAUUUAUGCCUGACACAGAUAUGGACGAAAAGUUGAGGAUAAAUAUAGACAUUACGCUCGCUAUGCCGUGUUCGAAUAUCGGUGCUGAUAUCUUAGACUCAACGUCUCAGAGUGUUUUUGGGUUUGGUGAAUUGCAAGAAGAAGACACUUGGUGGGAGCUGACAAAAGAACAACAGGACGCGUUCGACGCAGUCAAGUAUCUAAACUCAUAUCUAAGAGAAGAGUAUCAUUCAAUUUGGCAAUUACUCUGGAAGAAAGGUCACGGCUCUGUCAGGGCGACGAUACCUCCACGAAAAAAUAAACCGAAUAGGCGUCCUGACGCAUGUCGCCUACAUGGUGUUCUAACUCUAAACAAAGUUGCCGGGAACUUCCACAUAACAGCCGGUAAAAGCUUACACUUACCGAGAGGCCAUAUACAUCUUAACAUGCUGUUUGAUGACACUCCUCAAAACUUCAGUCACCGGAUACACAGACUUAGCUUUGGCAGUCCAGCUAACGGAAUAAUAUACCCUCUUGAAGGAGAUGAAAAAAUCACGUCAGAUGAAAAUAUGCUAUACCAAUAUUUCAUUGAAGUUGUGCCGACAGAUGUAGACACGACAUUUGAAACAAUCAAAACAUUCCAGUACUCGGUUAAGGAGCUCCAGAGACCUAUAAGUCACAGCAAAGGUUCGCAUGGAGUUCCAGGAGUAUUCUUUAAAUAUGACAUGGCUGCGUUAAAAAUACAAGUGUAUCAGGAGAGGGAAAACUUAUUACAAUUUAUGUUACGUUUGUUCUCUAUCAUCGGUGGUAUAUACGUAAUAAUAAGCUUUAUAAACACUAUUGUGUUGUUGGUUCGGACUGGAUUAAUUCCAACGGAAACAGAAUUUAGUAGAGAUUCCAAAAAAGCACUUAAUGCUAGACCCACACAUGCUACGUCAUUUCAAACAAAUCCCUUACUUGUCACACCUGAUCUAAACGUCCCUUUAGAUUUAAUAAAGCAAUGACAUUGAUGUAAGUAAGUUAGCUCUUUCUGUACAUAAGAUUUUCAUACUUUAUUUAAUUUUUUAAUUAAUU